CAUGUAACAUAAUUUGGAAUUUGUCCGUAAAGUUAAAUAUGUAUAUCUAGCUCUUUGCAUAAAUACGGGUUCUCGAGGUCCGAGAUAAUCACUGCUCUAGAAGUAACUUAAGCAGUUAACUAAAUAUUUAUAAAAUGUGGGGUCAACUUAUUCAACCCUUACUAUGUUUUGGACUUGCCUUAUCCUGCCUGGCAGCCCCGCAUCGAUUGGGGGAGUGGGGGAACAAAAUGUAUUUUCGCGCCGACGAUACUACGGCCACGUGGGACCAAUCCGUGACCCGCUGUAAUUAUUACGGCAUGAAGUUCGUUGAUAUCAAUUCAAACGAGGAGUUAACGGCGCUCGUUGGAAUGUUGGGACCAAGGGUUUACUGGACCUCGGGAAAACAAGUGUUCGACUUCAAGUGGGCAACUACGAAUGCUAGGGUGGACCUUGAUUUACGCAGGGAAAACGAAACAUGCGUCUACAUUACGCCUGGAGGUUUCUUGGGUGUGUUUCCCUGCACGGAAAAAUUAUAUACCUUGUGCUACGCGAUAAUUAAUUAACUUUUGUAAGUGUUGUACCUACAUUAAAUUUAAGCUUGUUUCCAGAUCAUGAUUAAAGAAAUUAGUUUUGUUUAAAUUUAUGCAGAUUUAAAAUUGCUUGUUAUUUAAUGUUGGAUAUGAAGUAAAUAUAAAAUUAAAUAUUUAAUUAAUUUAUGUAUAACAAUGGUUUAUGUAAAGAAAUAUUAGAGUAAAAAAUAAUACUGCUUAAGUAACGUAUUAGUG